AAAAGCGUGUUUUCGUACUUGACGCUACUUGGACUAACGUUACUCUUCUGGUGGCUAAGUUUGUUAAUGUCACAAGGUGUUUCAGCAGUAAGAAUUUUGUUGCUUGGGGAACCUCGUGUUGGCAAAACAACCCUCAUUCUUUCAUUAGUAAGCGAGGAAUUUUCGCCUAAGGUACCUGCACAUGCAGAAGAGAUUACCAUUCCUGAGGAUGUAACACCUGAACAUAUCCCUACACAGAUUGUAGAUUAUUCUGCACAAACUCAAUCCCAUGAACAUUUAUGUGCAGAGAUUAAACGGGCGAAUGUAAUCUGUUUAGUACAUGCAUUAGAUGAUGAAAAUUCUUUUAAACAGAUAUCAUCCUAUUGGUUACCUUUAAUUCGACAUGUCAGCACUGAUGCUGAUACACAUAUUCCCAUUGUAAUUGUUGGUAAUAAAUUAGACAUAAAUCAUGAAAGCAAAUUAAAUAAAAUGCUCCCGUUAAUGUCUGAAUACUGUGAAGUGGAAACAUGCAUUGAGUGUUCAGCUAAAACUAUGUUAAAUUUAAGUGAAACAUUUUGGUUUGCUCAAAAAGCUGUUCUUUAUCCAACUGCUCCUUUGUAUAAUGCUGAAAAGAAAGAACUUACACCAGAGUGUAUACGUGCUUUAAUAAGAAUAUUUCGAAUAUGUGAUACGGACAAUGAUGGUUAUUUAUCCGACCGUGAAUUGGAAGCAUUUCAGACACGUUGCUUCUCUAUUCCAUUAACAGCACAAUCAUUACAUGAUGUGAAACAAUUGGUUAAACAAUCAUGUCCCGGUGGUGUUACUGUGAAUGGAUUAACUCAAAAAGGAUUUCUUUUCCUGCAUUUAAUGUUUAUACAAAAAGGACGUCAUGAGACUACAUGGACUGUAUUACGUAGAUUUGGCUAUAGUAAUCACAUGAGAUUAUCUGAACAAUUUAUCUAUCCAAAAUUUUGCAUUGCUUCCGGAUGCAGUACAGAAAUAUCACCUGUGGGGAUACAGUUUUUAAACGCGUUAUUCAAUAAAUAUGACUUGGAUAGAGAUGGAUGCUUGUCUACAGCAGAAUUAAGUGAAUUACUUGCUACUUGUCCAGAGGAUCAAUUAAACCAUGUAACUGAUAUGAGUUUAUAUGUAGCAACAAAUUCUAUGGGUUGGGCUACACGUCAAGGAUUUAUGGCAUUUUGGAUGCUGACAGCUUAUCUCGAACCAAAUCGGCUGCUUGAAUAUUUCGCUUAUUUAGGCUUUACUUAUUAUGAGUCUGGAUCAUUAUGGCCAUCCGUUGUAAAUGGUGAUUAUAAUCAUUAUGAUAGCGUUACGCUAACUGGAAAUAAACAAACAAAUACAAACAUGUCAUCAGUAAUACACAAGACGUCCGGUUUAACUGGAUCACAACUACUUGCUUCACAUCGUUCUGACUUAAGUAAAGCAUCAGGUAGUAUGACUGUUGCAAAUGAAGCAUUAUUAAGAGCAAUUAUAAUUACUAAUGAUAGACGUAUAGAUGCUAUACGUCGUUCAACACAGCGUACUGUAUUCUAUUGUCGGGUUUAUGGAGCUCGUAAAGUGGGAAAAACAUGUUUAAUGCAAGGCCUACUUGGCCGUAGUUUAUGCGGUUCUGGUGGUACCGGUAUCGGUGGUAUAACUGGCCGUACAUCAAAUUGGGUAGCUGCAUCAGGUGUUCCUGUCUAUGGUCAAUCAAGAACUUUAUUAAUGCAUGAGAUCAGUGCUAGUGCGGGUGAACAAAUGUCAGCCAAUGAAGCAUUAGCAGUAGAUGUUGCCUGUUUGGUGUAUGAUGUUUCAGAUGCAGAGUCAUUUCGUUAUGUAGCAAAUAUAUUCCUUGUUAGUUUUCUGUUUAUAAAUAUUUUUCAUGUGUUAACAAAAAAAAACAUAAUUCAUUAAUGUUUGGGGAGAUCCAAGGUAUUCCUCGGUAAAGUCCAUAGGCACCUAGAAAACGCUGGGAAACAUCUUAUACAAUCAGCCUUAAAUAGAAGCUUCUCGGGAAUAUCUGGAAAGUGAAGAGUCACGUUUCUGAUUUAAUAAUUACCUAUGCCGCUACUAUAUUUAGUAUAGUCCCAGAAACUCCUAGAAGCCUGAAGCCAUUUGGAAUAUUUUAAAUACUCUUGUUUUUCCGCACAGAAACAAACCUUCAGGUACCGCGUUUCCUUUUCUCUUGCGUCCAAGCUCCUGCAUUGAUUUAGCCUGGGGUUAUUAAAAGUGGCUAGGUAAUCGAACUGAGCAUUCAGUUAGAAGACUUAUCAGUUAAGUUUAAUUUAUAAUGGUUCAAAUUAUCUGGUUAUUGAUGUUUUGACUUAGAUUUGAUUAUUGCUGGUUGAAAUAUUUGUGAAUUCUGUACGAAUUCACUCAAUAUAGGUAUUAUGACACAAGUUAAUAUACAGCAGGUGGAAUGCGGCUAGCAGUGAAAUCCAAUACGCGCGUUCCUUCGCAUUUAAAACUCUCCAGCUGUGGAUGUACCUACAUCCCAGAGUAUUUACACCGGGUCUCGAACCCAUCCACUAAAAAUUACUUGAUAACAUAGUACAGUUUAGAUGUAAUUUUUCUGAUCGUAAGUUUAUUACUUUGUUUUUGGCUUAAUUGUCAUUUAAUAAACAAGUGUAUAGAUGACUAAUAAACAAUUCUUAACAACAGACUUUACAACUAUAGGUUUUACAGACUACGUUUUGAAUGACUUUCAAGUUAUUGGUUCUGAAUGAGAUUGGCGUCUAUCAAAUUUUUAGUUGUCACAUUAUAAAAAUGAGUCAGAAAUGUAUGAAUACGAUUAAAAUCAUUGUGUCCGGUAUUUGGAUUGUUACGAUUAUCAAUCUGAAUAGAAUAAAUUUGAUCCUUUUUCUCACCACAUUACACGAUCAUUUUUGGUCUAAAAGAUGUUGGUGUUCUUUCUGAAGUUCAGCUUCGUGCUCAGUAGCAUUCUCUCCCAAUAUUCAGGUUUAUGACUACUUUUAUCCUUGAAAUACCGUCUACAUCUUGUUCAACCAUCAAGUAAGCUGAGCUAAUGUUGUUACACCCAGAAUGAUGUAUUGCAAGUCUUAGUUAGUUGUCAAUGUAAUGCGAAAUAUACGUAAAACCAAAUAUAUGUAAAAACUAUGACAUACAACAUCCUUCAGUGAGUUGCUAACAAUAAAUGUCAUACCGUAAAUAAUCUCGUUCGAGUAAGAAGUAACCGGGGUCUAUCAAUUUCAUAUUACGUGUACCGCAGCCGUCAAUCGUUAUUUUACAGACUAAUUGUUAAUGAAGUUUGUGGUAUAUUAAGACAAUUAUAUGCCCACCAAAUGAAUAAAUGCAUGCGACCGGUCAAUAAACGGCUUGCACUUCAAUGAGAUGAGACAUACACCACUGAUAACUUCACUUCCCAAGGUAUAUAUAUAAAUGUACAUAUAUUCCUGAAUCGGUUUAUCCAAGUAAUUUCGUUCUGAUCCAAAUAACUGGUUCCGGUUGUGUAUAGGAAGAUCGUGUAUUAGUAUCAAAAUUAGACACCAUACAACACAAUAGUUUAUUGUCAUAAUUUUUGACAGUGUUAUUCAACAAACUUUCUAUUUCUUUUUUUCCUUAGAAUUUUUAUCGUGGGACCCGAGUACCAUGUCUUUUUGUUGCUGCCAAAUCUGACCAAUCACAUGUCAUACAAAAUUAUCAAAUUGAUCCUACUGAAAUGAUAACUAAAUAUCACUUACCACCAAUUGAAUCAUUUUCUAGUGUUUAUUUAUUACCAAAACGUAAAAAUUACUCACCACUAAAUAAUUCAUUCAAUCAUCUACCUGAUGCUACUACUGCUGCAACUACUAAUACUAGUAGUGGUAAUGAACCUGAUGGUACUAAUACUGCUACACCGUCGACACGAAGACGUGCUGGUUCAGCCGAUCCUAUUUCUAGAUCUCCAAUCACUGGUAAUACAUUAACAAAUAAUUUCAAUCGAUCACUGCUUAAUUCACAUGACUCAACGUCGUUAGAAAAUUCAUUGAAUGGUGUUUGUGAUAGUUCACAUUUGGUUACGAAUGGAUCACGUAGUAGACAUCAUUCACGUUCUGAUUUAUAUAAUAAUACUAAUCGUAAUUUAAAAAGUCAGACUGAACCAGAUUUUUGUUCUGUAUACAUAUUGUUGUGUACAAUGGCAAAUUAUCCGCAUUACCGUGGAUUUGAAUUAGCACAAACGGAUCAUGCGUGGAAAUGGACAUUAGCAGCGACUGUCUUAGCAGGAUUUGGAUUUUUCGCGUUUCAAAUGGCGAAAACCCACUUGUAGUAUAUACAUAUUCACACACAUUUCUUUCCCCUGUAUUAUAUUAUUAUCUUCGAAGUGGUCUCAACCAGUUGUCUUCACACUUUUCCACACUUUCUGAUGACGACUCAUUACAACAUUGCUACAUAUUUAGGCGGACAAAUUCCAGGAAGUAAUAAAUUGUUUAGAAGAUUAUUGUUCACAGUAAUUGUAAUAACUAUCGUCACUUAUAAACCACAAUCCUUAAAGUAUAUAAAUAUACAUAACCCAAUAGUCAUCGGGGUUUUCC